CCUCAACUCGACGCCACGCUACAGGGUUGUGGAGAUUAUUUAGCUAUUGAUUGAGAUCGUGAACCGAUUGAUGUUAGACUAGUGACUAGUGGAGCUAAUCCGUAUCGGGUAGAAACAUGUAUCUACCUCAGUACAAUCGAAGAUAGUCGCUCAAUUUCGUGAAUUGAUUGUGGUUAGACAUUAACACCGUUGGAGGCCAGCUCAUUAGUCUAGAGGUUAAGCAUUCUCGCAUGAGACUGAAUGCCCUGAGUUCAAAUCCCGUGAGCGGAAUCAUGGAUUCUCUUUGCUGUUCAUUGCUUCCAAGUUUUCACUGGUGAUCUAACAUCAAUCGGUUCAUGGUCUCAAUCAAGAAAAAAUUCAUAUUCACCAGAAUAAUUUCUUUCAUCAUUUUACUUUAAUCCAGUUUUCAUUAUUCCUUUGAUUAUUAUUACUAUUAUAAAACUUACACACAUAUACUACUUUUGUCUAUUACUGAUUACAAUAACAUAAAAAAGAUACCUAAAUCAGUUUAACUAAUUGAAUUUUCUCUUAUUAAACUAAAUAACUGGUAGAAUGUUUAUUAACUUGUCUUUUUUGGAUUUGAUGUAUAGUUUAUUGAAUUUCUAUAUUAUUAACCACGUGAUUCGUUUGUUCAAUAUGUUCAAUAUCAAUAUGGUCGAUAAAAUAAAUUUUUGAAAAUAAUCUAACUAUAUUAUAUAAUUACAUUCUUCUUAAUAAUACUUAUCGUUGUGCUAUAAUCAUUCUAUAUAGAUAUUUUGUUUUAAUGAAUAGCAUAAAAGAACAAAAAAAGUAUUGAACAUUGAAAACGUUUAAUUCAUGGGAAAUUGUUUACAAAUUUCAACUUGUAAAAGGUUAUCAAAUCAUUUGAAAUUAUUACGUAAUAUUGAUCAUAAUCAUAAUGAUAGUGAUUAUAAUAGAAAUUCAAUAUUUAUUGAAGAUUUGAAUGAUUUAAAUAAAUACUUUUUAUGUAAUAAUCAUCAAUUAAAACAACUGAAUGAUAAUAAACAUGAUUUAUUAAAUGAGAAUUGUUUAAAGAAGCUUGAUUCUUAUUCAAUAUUAAAUGAUGAUGAUGAUAAUGAUGAUGAUGAUAUUAGUAGUGAUAGAAAGUUGAAUUAUGAUUCUAACUAUUACAACGAUUUAUUAAUUCAAAGUAAAUUUAUAAAUUAUUUUAUUCCUAUCAAAAAUAAUAAAAUAAAAUACAAUACUACUAAUACUACUAAUAUUACUACUGUUAAAAAUAAGCAUAGUUACAAAAUAUUAAAAUCAACUCAUUGGCCAUUAAUUAAUACAUCUAUACUUGGAUUUACUAUUUUAAAAUCGAAUAUGUUAAAUUUAAUGGAAUGGUUACAAUAUAAUAAAGAUGAAACGUAUUCAAUGAUCAAUUUUAAACAAUUAUCAAUGAAAAAUGAACAAAUGAAAAUCACUUAUUUAAAUAAAACAAAUACAAAUGUUAAUAAUAAUAAUAAUGAUCUCUUGUUACCAAGUGAUUGGUUACGUUAUACCAUGUUUAUGCAUCAAACAAAAUUGGAUACAAUUCAAUUUUUAAAAAUAUUUCAUAGAAUGAAAUAUGUUUUGCAUAGUUUAGAAAUAAAAACUGGUUGUAAAAUUUUAAUAAGUAAAUAUUUAUUUAUGUAUAAAGGGAAUUUAGUACGUAAAUUUGUAAUAGAUGGACCAAAUAAAAAACAAAUUCUUCAAUGUUAUUCAAGUUUACCUCAAUUAUUUAGUCGAUUAUUAAUAUUGGAAUGUGACAGACCAACUACAAUAUAAUUUAUAUAUGAAUAUUAAACGAAAGUAAAAAAAACAAAACAAAGAAGGAAUAGUAGAUUCAGAAAAAGGUUUUUGAAUACGAUUCAUUUUUAAAACAGUCUCCUCUGAUUGUUCAAUAUUCAUUUAUGUUUACAGUAUUGUAUAAAUUGUAUACAAGCAUGGUAAGGCAACAAUAUAUAUUCAUAUAUAUAUCCCUUAGAAACUUUUAUUUAAAUGAAUAAAAUGAAGUACUGGGGAUGAUUUGUAGGUUGGGUAGAUGAUUUUAGUGGAAUUAUGUUCUUUGAGUUGAGUUUGUUUUAAUUAUAAAGUUUUUAUUAUCUUUCUGAAUAACAAUAUUAUAAACGUGAAAUUUAUAAAGAAGUGAUUUAUAUGAAUUUUGUCACACAUGGCACGAUCAAACUACUCAGCUAAG